AUGGCGCCCAAGGAGACGACUCGGAUUCUGUCGGUCCGUAGACUGAACCAGGAGGGACCCGGAAAUAAGUCACUGGCCGAAUGGUGGGAUAGCGAGCGCAAUAGUAAAACACCCGAGGCCGCCGCGAUCGAAGAGGCCGCGGAGCUUCUGCGAACGAGCGAUAUCCCCGUGGCCUUCCCCACGGAGACGGUAUACGGACUCGGCGCGGACGCGACCCGCAGCGAUGCAGUGCAGGGGAUCUACCGGGCGAAGCAGAGGCCCUCGGACAACCCGUUGAUCAUCCACGUGGAUUCGUUGGAGAUGUUGGAGCGCGUGCUUAACCCCGUGCAGGCGAGCCCGACGCGCUUGACCAAGACCGCGAAGAACUCGAUCCCCGAAAUCUACCAUGCCCUCAUCGACCGGUUCUGGCCGGGUCCGUUGACUAUCUUGUUGCCGAACCCGUCGGGCUCGCCGCUCGCGAAGGAAGUCACCUCCCACUUGACGACGUUUGGCGUGCGCAUGCCCUCGUCGCCGCUGGCACGGUUGCUGAUCCACGUUACGGAUAGGCCGCUGGCCGCGCCGUCGGCUAAUGCGUCUACGAAGCCCUCCCCGACUAGUGCGGAGCAUGUGUGUCAUGACCUGGAGGGUCGGAUUGAGCUGAUUCUCGACGGCGGUGCCUGCGGUGUUGGGGUGGAGAGUACGGUGGUGGACGGGCUGUCGGAACCGCCUGCGAUCCUGAGACCGGGUGGAAUCGGCAUCGAGGAGCUCCGAACGUGUGCUGGGUGGGAGAAUGUGCAGAUUGGCUACAACGACGGGAGUCUGGAGGUCAAGGAGGUUCCCCGGGCGCCUGGCAUGAAGUACCGACACUACUCGCCCAAGGCGCGCGUGGUGCUUUUCGAACCCGACUCCGACGAGAAGGCCGUGUCCAAGCACAUCCGCAAGGACUUGGAAGAUACCGCGAUCGGUGCGCAUAUGAUUGGCAUCCUACGGACUCGCAACUGGAAGCAGGGACUGGGAUUACUGUCGGACGAGGAGAUCGAAAAGACGCUGAAGCCUAUCCCUUCCCUGGUCGACAACCUGGUAGGAUUCUCGGCCCCCGUGAACGACCGGAUCAACGGGUGUCUGGCCGCCAAGGAGACGUUUGACUGCCACCUGGGCGCGGACGUCGAGACGAUCGCGCGUCGACUGUUCUCUGCACUGCGGGCGAUGGACGAAAUGGAGGUCGAUGUCAUCUACGUAGAGGGGAUCUCGGAUCAGAGCGGUGAUCUGGCCGCUGCGGUCAUGAAUCGACUGCGCAAGGCCGCCGGCGCCGAAUUGAGAGUAUGA